AUGGAUCUGUCCACAACCUCUGUUAUGGCGGCUAAGGCCUACUCGUACAAAGCAGAGUCACUGGUUAAGGAAUACCUUCUUGCAGAUGCAUAUGUUUCGUACACUGCUAUGCUUGGUGGGAUCCUGAUGUGCAAGAUGAUCUAUGACAUCACACACUUAGUCAGUUCAUUCUUCUACAAGUGUUAUGCUUCUCUUACAAAAGCCCAAAAGCUUGAGUGGAACAACAGGGGCAUCUCCACUGUCCAUGCAAUUUUCAUCACAUUCAUGUCAGUGUACCUAGUAUUCUUUUCCGACCUAUACUCUGAUAAGCUGGAUGGACCAGUAACUUUCCGGAGUUCAAACCUCUCUAAUAUUACACUAGCGGUAUCUGUUGGGUACUUCAUCACUGACAUUGCAAUGAUAUUUUGGGUUUAUCCUUCUCUAGGUGGAAUGGAGUAUGUUCUUCAUCACUUCCUGUCACUUGUUUCCAUAGUCUAUUCUGUGAAUUCUGGGGAAGGCCAGUUGUAUACAUACAUGGUUCUCAUCUCUGAAGGAACCACACCUGGAAUCAACCUCCGCUGGUAUCUUGAUACUGCUGGACUGAAAAGAUCCAAGGCCUAUGUUGUGAACGGUAGCUUAAUGGUUGUUGCAUGGCUGGUGGCACGGAUAAUUCUCUUCAUCUACUUGUUCUACCACAUCUACUUCCACUAUGAUGACGUGAUGCAGAUGCGGACCUUCAGCCGCGUUCUGAUAUUUGGCGUGCCCACAAUACUACUCAUCAUGAACACGAUAUGGUUUGCAAAGAUCUUGAGAGGCCUUAAAAAGACGCUAACCAAGAGGGAGUGA